AUGUCUAGUGCUCCAGGAACCUUGAACGAGGAAGAAGUUGGGACUACCAACCUCCAGGAGACAAGCCGAGAGUUACUGAACCCCCGGCCGUCUGAAGAUCCGCAGGAUCCUCUCAACUGGCCUCUGUGGCUUAAGAUUCUUAUAUUGACCCAGACGUCUCUUUUGGCUGCGAUUGGUGGUCUGAACACAGCUGCAAUCAACCCCGCAGUGGUGUUGCUGGCCCAAGACUUUGGCAUCAGCAAAGUUGCCGCUUCGUAUCAGACCACCGUCUGCAUAGCGCUCAAUGGUAUAGCCCCGUGGCUAUGGAUCCCACUCUCCAACAAAUACGGUAGACGACCUGUCUACUUGGCCACAACCUUCUUGGGCUUCAUUUCCGCCCUAGGCUGCGCCUAUACCCAAACAUAUGGCCAACUUAUCGCUGCCCGAGUCUUCAAUGGCUUGUUUCCGGUCGCCUUUGCCUUGGGUGCUGCCACUGUCACCGACUUGUUUUUCUAUCACCAGCGCGGCAGAGCGAUGGGUUUCUUCACUGUGACCAUGGUCAAUGGGAGCCACCUGGCUCCAAUAGUCGGAGGUUUGCUGGGCGAAUACUGCGGCUGGCGAUGGAUCUUCAAAUUUGUGGCUAUUGUCGACGCGGUAAUGUUGAUUACAGCCUUCUUCUGUCUUCCGGAGACUCUCUAUCUCAGGAAAAGGGAUGUCGACACCUCGCGGCCAGACUUGUUAAAGUCGCUGACUGAGCAUCGGCCGCGGUUCACCAAAGGAGUAUACUUUUCCCGCAUGCGCCUGCGUUCGAACUUCCCAGAACUGAGGUUGAGACCUAAUCAGUUUGUACUUCCGGCGUUGAAGAUGGUCAAAUACCCCUCAGUGUUAUUUCCGGCUCUCUAUUACGCCACCAUGUAUGGUUUUGCAUCCAUUGUGCCUGCGGUGACUGUCGCCGUAAUAUUCACAGAGUUCUUCCAUUGGAACACUUUGACUAUCGGCCUCACUUUCGGUGCAGCUCUAACCAUCGGAGGGAUCCUUGGCGAAUGUGUUGCGGGCUGGGUCGUUGAUCGCAUUGUCACGGCGGAACGAAAGCGACUAGGUCGUGACCCGGAACCAGAAGUUCGACUCAAAGCCAUCUGGAUGGGCGAGAUCAUUAUCCCCGCUGGUCUUCUGAUCUAUGGCUUCUGCCUACAAUACCGUACGGUGUGGAUUGCGCCCAUACUUGGCAUGGGCAUCGCGUGCUUUGGCCUGCAAAUCAUCACGACAACCACUUACACGUACGCGAUUGACUGUUACCGGACAGAAAGCAGUGAGGUCGCACAGCUGUUCAAUUUUAUUCGCCAGGAAAUUGGGUUCACUUUCGCCUUCUAUGUUGUCCACCUGGGGAACAAGAUCGGCUAUCAGUGGACCUUCCUGAUGUUCGCCCUUAUUGGGGGGGUAUUGGCAUUUGCACCGAUGCUUUUCAUCAUCUACAAAGGAGAAGAGUGGAGAAAGAGACUCGGAAAGCCCGUGGGUGUCAACAUCCUUGACAAGAUGAUGGAGACAAUGGACAAGCAUGAUCAUGACUCUGGAUGA